AUGUCAAUGCAAUUGCUCGAGACCGGCCUCGACUCACUCCCUCUCGAAUUGCUCGAAGUCAUUAUAUCGUUUGUCGAUCGAAGAACACUUCCCUCUUGCGCCUUGGUCUGUAAACGCUGGAUACCCGCAUCUCGCGGUACCCUGUUUUCCUCAUUGGCUCUUCCUAAUGACUUACGCACUCGCACAUUCCUCAAUUUACUCGACAACGAUACGCCCAGCACUUUCGUCGAUGCUCGUAUCAAGCACCUUGACUUGAGUUCCAGUCCUCGCUCCGACGUGGGGUCGGACAGCGAGCGUGUAAUCACGUCUUGGGCUUCUCGAACACCGAAAACCCACGCUGCUCUUCACGCCGUAUUCGGCCACCUUACUUCCUUAUCCGUGCGGUUUACGUCCGUGUGGGUCACUCCCGAGGGCCCUGAGAAGGUCUGGUUCCGCACAAUCACAUCCUUGCGCCUUGAGUUCGUGAUUUUCGAGGACCAGAAGGAGUUUCAAAACUUAAUAAAGAGCCUGCCAUUUCUAGAGUCGUUGGAACUUUCUUCAGUCGAAGUUACGCAUGUCGGAAACAAGGGGGAGAUGGAGCUUGAGGCCCAGUGGCAAUUAACAUCUCUCUCAAUCGCCUAUAUUUAUGAUCCUGCUACUAUCGCUCUCAUUGCACCGUUCUGUGGCUCUUUGCGCAAAUUCGAAUACGACUGGCAUUCCCAACAGUACUCUAGUGCCCGGUCUUUACCUGGGGUAGGCGCAAUCCUGCGGGCCGCUGGACGCACGUUGGAAGAGCUUAGUCUGAAGACAGGAAGUUGGGCGGAAGGGAAAACUUUUGACGAAGGCAUUGAUGCGCUAUUCAAAUCCCAUCUCGAACUUGAACACUUACCCUCUCUGCGUCGACUUGCAUUGGAUAUCAGUAUCGCAUAUCUGCUUCCUAUACUUCGUCGUCUUGCUAGCGCAUAUGACGCACGCCACAGUGAGCUGUCUGCUUCUGAGAGCCAAGCAACUAUGGAAUCCCUACCGUCUAUCACGCAUCUGUAUAUCCCUGCCAUUGGGUACAAAUCCUCAUUCAGAGGUCCCAACGAUGCAGAUUUAGCUCCUGCAAAUGAUGCACCCCAAUUGCACCUCAAUCAAAAUCAGGAACUGCUUGCUGAAGACACGGACGUCCAGCCAACGGGUACUGCCCCUGUAUUUCAUGAUCUGAAUAAGAACUUGCAUGAAGCAUUGGAAGUUUUGCUUCCUAUUCAUCCUGUAUUUGAAGACUUGGUCGAAUUGCGAUGCGACGCGGAUGAUCUAUAUAAUGCUGCCGACUUUGCCAUGGCUUCCUCCACACAAUUUUUCCAGUCCCAGUACUAUUGGCGAAUGCAGGCUAAAGAAGCGGCAGAGUCGGAUUCAGUGUCAUCUACCCGCGGAGUAUCUCAGCCUUAUUCGACGUUCGUUCCUUUUCGGCGCACAGACACAGUGUUGGCAUUGGGCGAGGCUGAUGCGGAUGCAGAUGCAGAUGCAGAGGUUUUGAAUCCAACGCAAUUUUCUUUGGGCUCUACUUCAUUGCAUCGUUAUCCUCGUCCAGGAACCUUAUCACAUUCUCGUCUCCGAUUGCAUGUUCGUAAACUGAGAAAGCACAUGCCUUUAUGCGCUGCCAAAGGUAUUACCCCGAUACCGGUGGUGAGAUAUUGGUUCAAUGACGUACCCACGGGGCUCGUUUUCGAAGAACGGAUGUGGGCCUCUGGAGAUGGGUACGCCAGUAUCACUGGUGUGGGGAAUUGGGACACGUCUGUCGGAGGUCCAGAUGGGGAGGAGAUAGCGGCGUUCGCACAAGCGGAAGAAGACGUCGAAAGUAUGGGAGGCAUGCAAGGCCUUAGCAUGAGAGGGAUGGAAAUUUGGGAUACCGAAAAAGGAAGAGUUUUGAUUGUGUUGUUCUUGCUUUCCGCGGUCGUGAUGUUGUGGUAA